UUGCGUUCCGUCAUCUUCCGCUCCAUUAUUUCCCUCUAAAAUGGCGACGAAGCUGAACCUAAAGCCAGAGAGCAGCAGCCAACCCGAGAGUGAGACUGAGAAUGAGGAGGAAGAGGAAGCUCGAAGAAGAAGAAAUUCAAGAAAAGAAUUUGAUCUUGGAAAUGGAAGCGAGGUGAUUUAUAUACCCAGAUUCAUGUCCUACGACCAAUCUUGGGAAUAUUUGGAAUACCUUAACAAACACAUCCCUUGGACCCGACCCACCAUUCGCGUAUUCGGCCGACCCUUUGUUCAGCCUAGAGACACUUGCUAUGUUGCUAGUGAAGGAGUGUCCGAGCUGGUUUACAGUGGAUAUAAGCCCCAUGCUUAUUCUUGGGAUGAAUUCCCUCCUCUCAAGGAGAUUCUAGAUGCAGUUCAUAAAGCUAUUCCUGGAAGCCACUUCAACAGCUUGCUUUUGAAUAGAUACAAGGGUGGAAAUGACUAUGUUGGCUGGCAUGCUGACGAUGAGAAACUUUAUGGACCAACUCCCGAAAUCGCCUCUGUUUCCUUUGGAUGCGAACGCGAUUUCUUCUUGAAAAAGAAGCCAAAUAAAACAUCCCGAGGUAAAAACGCUGAGGGUGAACCUCCCAGCAAGCGAUCUAAAACACAUAAUAAUUCUGAGCAACACCAUUUUGCGCUAAAGCAUGGGUCACUGUUGCUGAUGAGAGGCUAUACUCAGCGGGAUUGGCUCCACUCGGUGCCAAAGCGUGCAAAAGUAGAGGCUGUACGAAUUAACCUCACCUUCAGGUGCAUUCUUUGAUUGGUUGGAAAAUUACGUGUGUGAUGGAUGCCAUACCAAGUCGAACUUGCUGUAAGAAAGUUGACGCGUUUUUGAGAAGAUGGAGUUCACAGUUGAACAUGGUUAACUGCUAGAUUUGAGAUUUGGUGCAAGUCUUGAAGGCUAUGGCCUAUGGGUGUUGAGUAAGACAGCAGAGAGCUGAUCAAGGUCACAAAAUCCCAAGUCUGAUAACCUUAAGUAUUAGUACUAGACGUUAUGAGUUGGUGUGUAAUCAUUUUUGUGCAGGGCUGAUACGGCCUAAACAUGACCUGUUACAUAAGGCAGAUAUGGCUCAUUUCUUCGCACCAACUUGGUUAACAUGAAUGUACUUUCAUCUCUUAAGAGAGAUAAGAAGUUCAAAACUCUCUCUUGUAUGAAAAAGUCAAUAUAGCCAGCAUUUUACUCCUUAA